UCCUCCCUCAGUAAGUAAAUGCCAGUCCCUAGGAAGAGAGAACCAAAAUGUCUACUGGACCAGAUGUCAAGGCUACAGCGGGGGACAUUUCCAGUGAUGGCAAUUUAAACAUGGCUCAAGAGGAAUGCCCCAGGAAAGGGACAGUGGAUGAAUUCUUCCCAUUGUUGUCAAACUAAUGUAUUUGGACUCAACCACAGGGAUAUCCCCAGAGCUCCUAUAGAACACUAGCAAAUUUUGUGCUUUUGUUCAGUCCGACAUGGGCUGGCCCUCAUCUUGCAGCUCUGUAAUUUUUCAAUUUACACCCAACAAAUGAACUUGAGCAUUGCCAUCCCGGCUAUGGUGAACAACACAGCCCCACCUAGCCAGCCCAAUGCCUCCACAGAACGGCCCUCUACUGACUCCCAGGACUACUGGAAUGAAACUCUAAAAGAAUUUAAAGCAAUGGCCCCUGCAUAUGACUGGAGUCCUGAAAUCCAGGGAAUCAUCCUCAGCUCCCUCAACUAUGGCUCAUUCUUGGCUCCAAUCCCCAGUGGCUAUGUGGCUGGAAUAUUUGGAGCCAAGUAUGUGGUUGGUGCUGGCUUGUUUAUUUCCUCAUUCCUGACCCUCUUCAUUCCACUGGCAGCUAAUGCGGGAGUGGCCUUGCUCAUUGUCCUCCGGAUUGUACAAGGCAUAGCCCAGGUUAUGGUAUUAACUGGUCAGUAUUCAAUUUGGGUCAAAUGGGCUCCCCCACUGGAAAGGAGUCAACUCACCACCAUUGCUGGAUCAGGGUCAAUGUUGGGGUCCUUCAUUGUUCUACUUGUGGGUGGUCUCCUCUGCCAGACCAUAGGAUGGCCUUAUGUCUUCUAUAUCUUUGGAGGAAUUGGCUGUGCCUGUUGUCUUCUCUGGUUUCCUCUCAUUUAUGAUGAUCCUGUGAAUCAUCCCUUUAUCAGUGCUGGUGAGAGGAGAUACAUUGUGAGUUCACUGGCUCAGCAGGACUGUUCACCAGGCUGGUCUCUUCCCAUUAGGGCUAUGAUCAAAUCCUUACCACUCUGGGCCAUUUUAGUCUCUUAUUUCUGUGAAUACUGGCUUUUUUAUACCAUUAUGGCAUACACACCAACGUACAUCAGCUCGGUACUUCAAGCCAACCUCAGAGACAGUGGGAUCCUGUCUGCCUUGCCGUUUGUUGUUGGAUGUGUUUGCAUUAUCCUUGGAGGUCUACUGGCAGACUUUCUUCUCUCCAGAAAAAUCCUCAGACUCAUCACCAUCAGGAAACUCUUCACUGCCAUUGGGGUUCUCUUCCCAUCCGUGAUCCUCGUGUCCCUGCCCUGGGUCAGAACCAGCCACAGCAUGACCAUGACCUUCUUGGUGCUGUCUUCUGCCAUCAGCAGUUUCUGUGAUUCAGGAGCCCUUGUUAACUUCUUGGAUAUUGCUCCUCGGUACACUGGCUUUCUCAAAGGACUGUUGCAAGUCUUUGCACACAUAGCUGGAGCUAUCUCUCCUACUGCUGCUGGAUUUUUCAUCAGUCAGGAUUCAGAGUUUGGUUGGAGAAAUGUCUUCUUGCUUUCAGCUGCUGUUAACAUAUCAGGCCUGGUUUUCUACCUCAUCUUUGGCCGAGCAGAUGUGCAGGACUGGGCUAAAGAGCAGACAUUCACCCACCUCUGAGCAAACCAAGAGAUGUGCUAGAUCCUGGUGCUUAAUUGAUCAUUGUAUUCCCUCACAGACAUUUCUCUUUCAUGCCUGCUUGACUGAUAAGCCAUUAACUAGACCCUGACUAUGU